CGCGAUUUCUUCUUUUCUUUUCCUUCCUUUAUCUUCUUUUUGAUGAGCAAACACUUUUUGUCCCUUUCCCAUCUCAAAAUUUUCUCUGGUUUUCUUGACAAUGAAUAAGAGAUAAAGAGAGUCUUCUUACUUAAUCUUGUGAAUCUUCCUUAAUUUUCCAGGAAAAAUCUCUUUCUCAUGGUAGUUAUAUAGAUCUGUGUUCAUACCUCUACCUCUUACUCAACAACUCAUUACACACACUGUCCUAAAACACAGUUUCUGUCUCUGUUCAUAUAAUCUAACUUCUCAAUUUUGGUUUUCCCAUUAGAAGAACCUUUUUUUGAAACACUCCUUUAAAAAGUCUUUUAGUACAUUCUUGGGUUCAAUUGAUCAAAUCAAAAGUAAUCAUUUUCUGUUUAUUUGCUCUUUUUGAGUGUUUCCACCAAAAUUCCACUUGUUUCCUUAAAAGAAUUCAACCUUUUCAACUCUUUUCUCUCUCCUUAAGACAUGAACUGUCUGUUCUUGUUCAAAUCAAAGAAACCCAAACCCAGAAACCAACAAAAAGACAAGACAAAAGGAAAAGAAAUAGCACAAAACUCAGCUCCUGAACUGAGGAACCAGAGCGCGACGUCGUCGUUUAACCUCCAGACGCCGAGAUCUUUGCCGUCUCCUCGAAGUAUCAGAGACUUGUAUACAGAGAGAGAAAAUAAUCUUAGGGUUUUCACUUACGAAGAACUCAGUGAAGCCACUUAUGGGUUUAACAGGAAGCUUAAGAUCGGUGAAGGUGGGUUCGGUAGUGUUUAUAAAGGAAAGAUUCCGACCACAAAAGAUUCUGAUUCUUCUCCACUUGUCGUAGCCAUCAAGAAACUCAAUCGUCAAGGAUUACAGGGUCACAAGCAAUGGCUAGCAGAAGUUCAGUUUCUAGGAGUAGUGAAUCAUAAAAACGUUGUGAAGCUCAUAGGUUAUUGCUCAGAAGAUGGUGAGACUGGGAUCGAGAGGCUUUUGGUUUAUGAGUACAUGUCGAAUCGAAGCUUAGAGGAUCAUCUCUUCACUCGUGGAUCACGCAUAUUACCAUGGAAACAAAGGCUUGAGAUCAUGCUUGGUGCAGCUGAAGGGUUGGCUUAUUUACAUGAAGUUAAGGUGAUAUACCGAGAUUUCAAAACCUCUAAUGUACUCCUAAAUGAUGAGUUGUGUCCGAAAUUAUCGGACUUUGGGCUUGCAAGAGAAGGACCUCAGGGAGACAAUACUCAUGUCACAACUGCAAGAGUUGGAACACAAGGCUAUGCAGCUCCAGAAUACGUGCAAACAGGCCAUCUUCGGUUAAAGAGCGAUGUAUAUAGCUUCGGUGUUGUGCUCUACGAGAUCAUAACCGGACGCAGAACCAUUGAGAGGAACAAGCCAGCAGCUGAACGGAAGCUAUUAGAUUGGGUGAAAGAGUAUCCUGCUGAUAGUCAACGCUUCAGCAUGAUCGUUGACCCUCGGCUACGCAACUAUUAUCCAGCUGCUGGAGCUAGGAGUUUGGCUAAACUGGCUGAUCUUUGUUUGAAAAAGAACGAUAAAGAUCGACCAACGAUGGAGAUUGUAGUGGAAAGAUUGAGAAAGAUUAUCGAGGAAAGUGGAGAGUGUUCAAUGGCUGCGAGUAAGGAAAGUACAAGUCAGGUAAGAAGCAAGAGUCGAGGCGCUGGACCUGUGAAGGGGAGUAUGAGAGGAGGAGUUAGUGUUAGAUGAUGAUUUUUUUUUUGAGUUUAGAAGAAGAUUUCUUUUGCAAGUUUUAGUAUAUAAAAAUAAAGUCUUAUGGUUUAUGAUUUGUUGUGGGAUGACUGAUGAGUAGAAGGAUGGUGUGUUUAUAAAUGAGAUUUAAAUACAGUGAAUGCAGAGAAUGGUUUGUGUGUGUGUUUGAUGUUGAUGAUGAUUAGCGUUUUGAACUUCUUUGUUAAAAUGUAUCGAUUAAACAUAAUUUACUGCAGAAAUAUCUAUUGUUGUCGCUG